AUGUUUUUAAAGGUGUUUAUUGCACAAUCAAGAGCUUCUGGCAGCCACCGAGAUGUUGAAGAUGAAGAACUUACACGAAUCUUCGUUAUGAUACCAAAAACCUACACAGAGGAGGAUCUCCGGGAGAAGUUUAAGAUGUACGGAGACAUUGAAUAUUGCAGCAUUAUUAAGAACAAGACCACUGGAGAAAGUAAAGGUUUGGGCUAUGUGAGAUACUUAAAACCAUCUGAAGCUGCCCGAGCAAUUGAAGAGUGUGAUCGAAGCUACCGGGCCAUUUUGGCUGAACCUAAAAAUAAGUCAUCUGAGUCCUUUGAACAUGAAUAUUAUAACAACAAUCAUACAAGGCAGGAACCAAGAGGAAAUAUGUUUCCAUUUAGUGGGCACCCAGAGUUUUGUAGCUUUGAAAAAAAUGAGGUUAAAAUUCAGGAGUCAGUCUCCAAGCGUCUGUCAGUGGUAUCAAGGCUUCCUUUUGUCCAAGAGCAACUGUCUGCCCUCUUCGACCUGAUCCCAGGACUGGAGUACUGUGAUAUUCAGCGAGAUCCUCAUACUAAUAAUGGGUAUGCUGUGAUUCAGUAUAGCAGUGCUGCAUCAGCUAUAUAUGCCAAACAUAAAUUACAUGGUUUUGAGUACCCUCCUGGAAACAGACUAACUGUCACUUUUCUAGAAGAUGGGAGUGAUAGCUCAGACCUCAUUAGAAGAAUGGCAACGGAGCUGGUAACAGCACACAUGUCGUCACUGUUAUGGAAUAGUAAUUCCAUUUCUCAUCAGUGUAGGACACCUCCUCAGGUAUUUGGGGGAACGUGUAGCUCACAAUUACUUCAGCCCCAAACAGAUGCCAUACUUCCACCACACAAAAAAAAGGUUCCUCCUGACACUUCUGUGAAAGAAAGGCUUUUCAUACUAUUUAAUCCCCAUCCUUUACCCGUAAAUGUAUUGGAAGAUGUGUUCUGUCGUUUUGGGCACCUGAUAAAAGUUUACCUUGUGGCUGGAAAAAAUGUGGGAUAUGCAAAAUUUGCAGACAGAGCAAGUGCCAGUGAUGCCAUAACUGCAUUACAUGGAAAGGUUGUAAAUGGUGUCAGGCUUAAAGUAAGGUUGGCAGACUCUCCUACAGAAGAAUCUAACAAACGUCAGAGAACUUACUAAGUGGAAACUAAAUAAUGACAUGACCCUCAGCUAGCUGACUGACUGAGAAACGUGACUAGACAUGGUUCCUGUGGACAGUGACUACUUUUUAUUGUUACAUAGUUGAUCUUAUAUAUGGUAUUAUCUGUUUAAAAAUGAGAACAUGUAAUUUUAAAAUUACACAGCCAUUUAAAAUUGUAAACUGGUGGU